AUGCUCCGCGAUCCAUUUGACAUCCAUCGCAAGAACGCGUUCCAAGCCACAGCUUUCCAAACAGUUCAGCAAAUAAGGACGACGGCAGCGCAUGUUGGCGCAGCGGCUAUUGACAUGUCGUUCAAUAUCCCUAAGAAUGUACCCAACUUCGGAGCACCGCAUCGAGACCUCGAGGACAGGGCCUGGGCAGCGCUAUCGCGAGGCAAAGAGGGUGCCUCGCGUGCCUUUACAAGCGGCGUCCAGAGCAAAUUGUCCCAUUAUUUCGACGACAAAUCGUUGCCAAUGUAUAAAGACAAGCCGUACGGUCACGGCUACGGGACGAGGCGGUGGUGGCGGAGGAAACGAGUACCAAUCAUAAUCGUCGCGCUCGUUUCGUUGACAUUUCUCUGGUUGACAGGCUUCUUUGGCGGCAGCGGCGAGAAGCGUCCCUCGACGUCCAAAUCUGCGUGGUCAUGGCUGGGCAUGCCCAGCAUCCACAAAGCCGCCGAUUGGGACCAAAGACGGCAGAGAGUUGUCGAAGCGUUCGAGUUGAGUUGGGAUGCGUAUUCGCGCUAUGCUUGGGGCUACGACGAGUAUCACCCCAUCGCAAAGACUGGCAGAAAUAUGGCGCCGAAAGGACUGGGUUGGAUUAUCAUCGAUUCACUGGACACGAUGAUGUUGAUGAAUCUGACGUCCCGAGUAGAGCAUGCUCGUGAAUGGCUGUCCAAGUCAUUAACUUGGGACCAAGAUCAGGAUGUCAAUACGUUCGAAACUACGAUUCGCAUGCUCGGCGGUCUCCUCUCCGCCCAUUACCUUUCCAACGAAUACCCCAAUCUGGCUCCCGUCGUCGACGAUGACCAUGGGAAGCCGGGCGAGGACCUAUACUUGGAAAAGGCGAAGGAUUUGGCUGACCGACUGAUGGCUGCAUUUGAGUCCGAAUCUGGCGUUCCUUAUGCCAGUGUGAACCUUGGCAAGAUGAAGGGCCUGCCCUCGCAUGCGGACGGCGGCGCCUCUUCCACCGCCGAAGCGACCACUAUUCAACUUGAAUUUAAAUACCUGGCAAAACUGACCGGCGAGACUAAUUUCUGGGAAAAGGCUGAAAAGGUCAUGGAAGUCGUUGACAGCAAUGGCGCCAAGGGUGGCCUGGUCCCCAUCUACCUCCACCCCGCGACUGGAGAAUUCCGAGGCUCAAAUAUUCGCUUGGGAAGCCGGGGUGACUCGUACUAUGAGUAUCUCAUCAAGCAGUACCUGCAGACGAACAAGCAGGAACCGGUAUACGAAGAAAUGUGGGACGAAGCUCUCGAAGGCGUCCGCAGGCACCUCAUCACGUACACGGAACCGACUGGCUAUACCAUCAUUGGGGAACGACCAAGCGGAUUGGACGGCCAUCUGCACCCCAAGAUGGACCACCUCGUGUGCUUCAUGCCUGGAACAAUAGCCCUGGGUGCCACGGGUGGACUGGCGGAAGCAGAGGCGCGCAAGCUCCCUUCCUGGAACAAAAAGAAGGAUGACGAAAUGAAACUCGCCCGGGAGCUGAUGCAAACUUGCUGGGGCAUGUACAAGGCCAUGGCCACCGGGCUGGCGGCCGAGAUCACCCACUUCAAGAUUGCAGAACCGCCUCGGCCCGAAUCUGCACCUCAUCACCCUCCGGCAGACUUUGACCCCAACCCGCAAGCCAGCUGGCGUCAAGACUUCCAAAUCCAGCCCAACGAUGCACACAAUCUGCAACGACCAGAGACUGUGGAGAGCCUACUCUACAUGUGGAGAAUCACUGGUGAUGUCAAAUACCGCGAAUGGGGCUGGGAAAUGUUCGAGUCGUUUGUCAAUUACACAGCUGUCGAGGACGGGGGCGGCUUCACGAGUUUGAGCAACGCCAAUACGAUUCCACCAUUGACCAAGGACAACAUGGAAAGUUUCUGGCUGGCUGAAACCUUGAAAUACCUCUACCUCCUUUUCUCGCCGAACGACUUGUUGCCCUUGGACAAGGUUGUCUUCAACACCGAGGCGCACCCGCUGCCUCGAUUCGACUUGGGCAGGCUCUUCUCGACUGGAUGGAAGCGCAAACCUCGGGAUGCACAUGGAAAUAUCGUUGGAAAGAUUGAGAGCGCAUCUGCAUAA